GCGCGGCCGGGGGGGAUUUUCGCUGCGGGCUUCACCGAGCGGUACUUGGUUACCAGAUUGGGGCGAGAUGUCCUACAUCCCGGGCCAGCCGGUCACCGCCGUGGUGCAAAGAGUUGAAAUUCACAAGCUGCGGCAAGGUGAGAACUUAAUUCUUGGCUUCAGCAUUGGAGGUGGGAUUGACCAAGAUCCUUCCCAGAAUCCUUUCUCUGAAGACAAGACAGACAAGGGCAUUUACGUGACACGGGUAUCGGAAGGAGGCCCUGCUGAAAUUGCUGGGCUGCAGAUUGGAGACAAGAUCAUGCAGGUGAAUGGCUGGGACAUGACCAUGGUUACGCAUGACCAGGCCCGGAAACGGCUCACCAAGCGCUCGGAGGAGGUGGUGCGCCUGCUGGUGACUCGGCAGUCGCUGCAGAAGGCCGUGCAGCAGUCCAUGCUGUCCUAGAAGCCCCGGCGGUCCCCGGCUCGUUCUGCCGCCUUUGUACAGUGACACACUCCCAUGCUGUCUGUUCCUCAUCCUGACUUCUGCUGAGUGCUGGUCCCAGCUCUGAAGGGCAAGAGCUGGUCCCUGGGCCCGACCCAGCCUCUCCUCCCCUCUCCUACGACUGGCCCUAGGCUCUGGGACCAGCUCUCUCCCUUGGAUACUAAGGACUGGAAACAACAGACCUAGAGCUUAGCUGUACUGCCUGUAGUGACCACAGGCUCGACCCUCAGACCGGGUGACCUGGCCACAGCAGCGCCCGGGCCGUCAGGAGGCCCUACUUCCCGAGAGCUGGAAAGCUGGAAAAUAGCUGGGGAGGCCAUCUGGUCUCACAGUACCCAGGGCCUAGGCUACUCGCUGCCCAGAGGGGACUCAACACAACACACUGCCAGAAGCACUACAAAGGCCUACCUGGAUCAAAGCCAGGCGGGCUCACAGUCUAUCCCACUGAACCCCCAUAACCCCCAGGGGUGCUGGUCCUCCAGGGUUCACCUGCAUCCAGGAUUUAGAUGAAGUUGGAUGCUGACAUUUGCCUUUAGACCUGUGGGUUUAACUUUUGUAUUUUUGUAAUCACAGCUUUGAUACAAAGUGUUUUUAUCUUACUACUUGCUAAUUCUACUUUGUAAUUUAGUUUCCUAAUUCACAAGCAAGUAAAAAUGCCUUACUUCCA